CUGUAUUCUUGCUGGCAACAACACUCUCUUCUCCAUCUAUUUCUAUCUCUAUAUCUCCGAUUCCCUUAAACCCUACACAAAAACAUCCAAACACCUUGCAAUUCCAGGUGUUAUAUUAUAUCAUCAUCAUCAUCAUCAAACUUCAUAUGCCCUAAAAAUCCAAUCACAAAACAUGUUUAAUCUUCAACCACUUCUAUCCCCAAUUGUUUUUCUGCUCACAAUUGCCACCGUUUUCUGCAUUUCAACCUCCGAAGAAACUAAAACCAUAUACGAAGUUCUUAAAUCAAACGGAUUGCCCAUGGGUUUGUUACCCAAAGGUGUCACCAAUUUCACCAUUGAUGAUUCCGGUCGAUUCGAAGUGCAUUUGGAUCAAGCUUGUAAUGCUAAGUUUGAGGACGAAUUGCACUACGAUCAGAAUGUUUCCGGUACCUUGACGUAUGGUCAGAUCGAUGGAUUGUCGGGUAUUUCCGCCCAGGAUUUGUUUUUGUGGUUUCCUGUUAAGGAAAUCCGGGUCGAUAUACCCAGUUCCGGAUUGAUUUACUUCGAUGUCGGUGUUGUUUCUAAGCAAUUUUCUCUAUCUUCGUUUGAAACACCAAGGGAAUGUUUGGCUUCUUCAAACGAGCUCAUCGUUCAAACUGUAUCCAAGACUCUAUCAAGAAAGCUGGGAAUCCAGAAAAGCAAGCAUCAAGAACAUUUGAUGACACUUUUAUGAAAUUUGAAGCUUAAAGAUGAUUGGAAGUGGCACAAUUUCUCAAUCAAGUUAUGGGUAUUUCCAUUUCUUGCAUCUACACUUGUUCUUCAGGAAGUCAAAAAAAAAAACAAAAAAAAAAAUCUUGUGUGCUUCCUUUUCCGGUUUUCUUUGUAUAGUGUAGAUUCUGCAAACUAGUCUCGAAUGUCAGCUUCUGUCUAUGCAACAUUUUCACAAUGGAUUGAACUUGAAGAAAACACGAUAUAUACAUAAACACACCAUAUAAGCAAGUGACAAAAUGACCUUGCUUCCAUGAUUCAUUGAGAUUCAGUCCUAUCGGAUUUACACAAGGAAUGCAAGUUCUUAUACAAGUGGAGCAAGGAUCAAAGGUUACAAACCAGGUGAUGACACGUGUUUAUUUCACUUAAAUUCAUUAGGAAUAUGAACAUAAAACAUUUGUUGGCAAAUCAGUUCUCUUUUUGUAGUCAUAAGUUUCUUUGAUAGAAGAAAUAAAGGAAUAAAAUUGCAUUCGUGUUGUCACCAUGUCAAUCUUUCACUCUUUCUUAUUGCAAUUCCCUUAAACCCAAAGCCAAAUGUUAUAUAUAAUUUAAAUAUCGAUUUACAUUUAUUUUACAAAUUUAAUACAUUAUUGUGGAUUGUAGGUUGCUUGUAGAUAAUGUAGGAGUAGAGAAGGGAGGUGGGUAGUUAGUAUAUUUAGUCACCUACUUAUGUUGGUGAAUUAAGUAAUAAAUUUAAAGAAAUACAUUGUCAAUAUAAUGGUAGGUUAGUAGGUCCAUCUAACUUUUUAUAGACCAUUUGAAUGUUUUUCUAAUUAUUUAUAAGUUAAAAACUAUAAAUCAUACAUUUUGGACAUUAAGGUUGUUUUUGUUAAAGGAGACGCGGUCAAGUAUUUUAGGGUUAUUUUCAAUGAAGAAAUUUAGGAGGGCAUUCUUGUCAUGUGUAAAUAAAUAUAUGUGUAAUAGAAUUUUGAUCAACAAUUUAAGAUUAUUUAAAAAGUAGUAUUUGAUUGGUAGG